GCGACGUUUUCAUCAGUAGGUGGCGCAGGGAUGCUGUGUUUUGAAUGCUUCGAAGCAACUAUGGAUAGUUGUCGGUCGGUGGCACUAUUGCUGAUUUGAGUGUGAAUCUCUAAUCAUAGAAGAAGGACUGCUGGUUCUGACAUAAACAAAUCAACUUAAUAGUAUAAACGCAUGUCUUCUAUCUGGAAACAAUCAGUAAAGGAGCUCGUGAGAAUCUGAUAAACGUUGCUGUAAAGUCUUGACUGCUGUGACUCAUAAUGAAGAUUGGUAGAGAUUUGCUAACACACAAUUCCCUAAAAAGCAAAGAGGGUGAGAAUUAUGCCGGUGCUAACAGCGUCGCCGACAUCGUUGACGAUCUCGAGGAUAAAAACAGAGGGCCUGAAGACGACAUGGAUUUCAGUAUAUUUGCUCCAGUCGAGUCCUCCGAUUGUGAGGAAGAUGAUGAAGAGGAACGCUCCCAGGGAACAAACAACGGAGAGCUAGUUUCUGUCACAUAUAACACUGAAGAUGUUGAUCCCUCGGAGGAGCCUUCCUGCAGUUUUCAAGGACGUCGUAAAAGGAAAUCAAAUGUUUUGGCAGAGCAGAAUGCUAAGUGUAGUGAAGCAGAUAAGGUUUGCAAGUUAUGUGGAGAGGCACAACCAAUGAAACGAAAGCUUCAGAAAAAGAUAAAAAAAUAUGAUGAAGCCUGGGCCAGUGCUCCGAUGGAGAACGGGAAUUUAAACAAUCUAUUUGAUGAAACAAAUCUCCUGCUUCACAAGUGGCAGCUGCUGGGUAUGUACCCGCUUUUUCUGAUGGGGGGAAAGAGACGGUCUAAGACAGUGACCCAGUGCAUGUGUCCAAUCAAAUUUAAACAUCCCCAAAAUAAGGAGGCACAGGACAUUAUGCGGCAGAUUUUUGUUGGGCUGAUAAAUGCUCAACAAACCGCCUUCGAGCCAAUUGUUACCAAAGCUCCGGCCCAGCCACCAGCCCCCCAGCUACAACUUAUCCAGCCUCAGAGGGCCCUUCAACCUGUGAUCCCGUCUUUGAUCGCACAGCAAGUACCUGUCUUUCAGUCCUUAGUCCAGCCACUGGCCACCGAACUACCAGUCACCCAGUCUCUCUGCUCUACACCUCCCACUAUCACAGAUUCCCAUAAUGGGACAGAUGAUGGUACAGUUGGAAGAAGAAAGAAUAUGCCAGAAACGAAUAAUAAAUAUGUGCAACAAAUAAGAAGAAUGAUGGGACAGCCCUACGUUGGGGUUAGCAAGAAAGAAAUGGUUGAGAAGCAGCCCCGGGUCAUGGGAGCAAGAUGUCAGUCAACUACGUGUCUGAAGUCCUCUAAGCAUCACUGCAGUUCCAUUGAAGAGGCAGACAGGGAGAUCGUUUUUAAAUGCUUUUGGGAGUACAUGAACUGGAAGGAGAAACAAUUGUAUGUGCAAAGUUUGGUAGACGUGAUCCCAGUACAGAGAAGAAGGGGGCUGUCUUCAAGAAGGUCAUCUACUUAUAUCUUCUCUUUGGAAGUUGGUGGACACAAACGGAGAGUUUGUAAGAGAAUGUUUUUAGCAACGCUUGGAAUAGGGGAAUGGUCUGUACUUAACUGGGUUCAGGGCACAGGAAAUACGCAGCAGAAUGCAGUGUCAUGCCACAAAGGUGAAGAUACUGAGUUUACGAGUUUACUACAGGAUUUUCCUCAUGGUUGAAACUACUCAACUGCUAACAAUGUUAAAGAAUCAAGCGUCAUGCUCUGAGGAUCACACACUCACAGACUUUCAAUCUGUUUGGAAUUAAACAGCCUCAGACAGAAAAGAAUGAAACAGCAUUUAGGUGUGCCAGAGGUGACUGCUUUGCCCAAAAAGUGCAUGAAUGGCAUAUUUGGUUGCAUAUUUAGAUGCAGUCUUGGCAUGAUUUCAGCUAAAAAUCAUCUUUUGUGUUCUACUUGGAUGGCAAUAGAUUAUAAAAAAAAUACAGUUUUUGGGGAACUCUUGAUUUAAUGAUGUACCAUCAGUUUUCUCAUUUCCCAAGAAAUGAUUUGGGCCUAAGAUUUUCACCCAAAAGUUACAAUAUGCUCAUUUAACCUUAUUACUUCAAGAAUUUGAAGUUGUAUUCGUAGGAAGCAUUAUAAGGAAGUCCACAAUAUGUAAAGGAUUGGUGUAAAGAUCAACUUGACAGUAGUAUUGUUGUAAUUGUUCUACAUAUUGUUAAAUAAAUAUUUUACUCCUCGUUUAGUAAUA